AUGGAAUACAAGCGCAUUACCAGCUUCAUAACAAGAGUUCGCUCUCUCGAGACCACAGAAAAACAGCCUGAGCCCCUCAUACAAGUCAGAAAGUAUCCGGCAUUCAAGGAAAAAUACUGGGAGCCAUGCCUCAUGUUAUAUCGAGCUCGCAUCCCCUACAAGGUCUGGAGUCACCGCGAUGUUCUUAUUGCGCAUGGCUCUGCUCGGAAUGAGGGGCCCCGAGAACUACAUCUCCUGGUCAACGACGUCGAAAAGGCAGCUCAGGCUCUACAGGAAGGGGGAUACAUUCGCACAGCCCUGUGCUUCCUCCAGGGUGACCUGGGGAUACCUGCAAGCGAGCUUUCAAAGGCGUGUCGGCUGGUUAGUCCUACCGCGCUUGAAGAAGGAAUCGCACGGCGUCAAAGACAGACUGCCCGCGAUCCCGCGGAGAUCCUUGCGGACAUCCGCAAAGGGCACGAAUGGCAUUGUGUCCAGGGGGUGGCAUUGCUCGCGGCUGAGAGCUGGGCCUACGAGCCGAUUAAACCAGGGGACGAGGAGCCCAUCCCCGACCUGCACGAGUACUUCAACUCUCAUGUUUCCCUGUGGCUUGCCGGCAGUUCCGAGAAGCGUGUGCAGGACAUGUAUGUCCAAGGUGUUCUUGUGAUGAUUGUCACUGAGCUUGAUGAGGCCUGGAGUGUGGGAUUUGAGGAGGGAGUUAGGGUGGUAUACCGGCCUCUACUCUUUGAUCUGAUGCGGCAGACCCACGAGGAACUGGCCUAUCAUAGUCGAGCGUGGGGGCUGUGGUUGUUGAUGUUCUUUUGUGAGGGGUUUCGUGACUAUCAUCGAAGUCGGGUCCAGAAGGAGAUGAAUCUACAUGAUCUACCGUGUCCGGUGUGGUCGCAUGGGUUUGUCCGCGAGCGGCCCAGAUUGACGAUUGAACGGACAGUCGAGAGAAGCAGAGGUUGCCCCGGCGCUGUAACAGGGUACAGGGCCAUUCUUCCGAGAUUUACUUGGCUUGUCAAGUUUCCAGCUGGGGAAGGAUGGAUCCAGAUCUCGCUGAAUGUUUUCCGAGUGCUUCAGAACAGACACAGCAAGCGAGCCUCAGUAAGGAACUGA